AGCACGCAGGAGGAUAUCGAAAACAGUCAGGUUGAAUCUUCCACGUCAGUGUUGUUCUUACAGCGAUUUCCAAAAGCCUUUCACAUUCUUUUAGCCUUAGGGUUUCCUCAUUUUAAGAUUUUUUUUUUUAGUUCAAAGUAGGGAAUAAACUCUCUGCAGUUAUGGUAGACAGCGUUUACAGGACCCGCUCCCUUGGUGUAGCUGCUGUCGGUCUACCUGAUCAAUAUGCCGACGGCAAGGCGGCCAAAGUGUGGCAGCUGUACAUCGGCGACACCCGGAGCAGAACGGACGAGUACAGAAGCUGGCUGCUGUCGCUGCUCAAAAAGCACGGCUGUCAGAGAGUGCUGGAUGUCGCCUGCGGAACGGGGGUGGACUCCAUCAUGCUGGUGGAGGAGGGCUUCAAGGUGAUGAGUGUGGACGCCAGUGACAAGAUGCUGAAGUACGCCCUGAAGGCCCGGUGGGAGAGGAGGAAAGAAGAAUCCUUCGACCAGUGGGUGAUCGAGGAGGCAAACUGGUUGUCUCUCCCUGAUGAUGUGGAAGUGCCAGGAAAUGGGUUUGACGCUGUCAUCUGCUUGGGAAACUCUUUUGCUCACUUGCCAGAUUUCAAAGGGGACCAGAGUGACCAGAAACUGGCACUGAAGAACAUUGCAAGCAUGGUGAAGCCUGGGGGGAUCCUCAUCAUCGACCACAGGAACUACGACUACAUCCUGGAAACAGGAAAGGCCCCGCAGGGCAAGAACACCUACUACAAGAGUGAUCUGACUCAGGACAUCACCACCUCUGUGCUGUGGGUGAACAGCAAGCCCCACAUGGUCACACUGGACUACACAGUGCAGGUGCCCCAACCUCAGGGCCAGCAGAGCACACCUGAGCUCAGCAAAUUCCGACUGUCCUACUACCCCCACUGCCUUGACAACUUCAAGCAGCUGCUGAUGGAGGCGUUCGGCAGGAAGUGUGAGCAUAGCGUCUUCGGAGACUUCAUGGCCUACAGCCCCGGGCAAAGUCAUGUGCCCUGCUACUUCAUCCAUGUGGUCAGAAAAACAGCUUAGGCCUGCUUCUGCUGGGCCUGCUGCUGACAUCAGGGCAGAGAGCUUCAUUUCUCUCUCUCUCUUUCUCUGUCUUGCUCUCCCUUUUACUGUACUUUCUGUCUCUGCUCUUCCUUCGUUCACCAGCUUGUCGGGGCUGGUCUAAGAACUAAGUAAUUAUCUGUCUCUUAAUUGUCCCGAGAUACACGCACAUGGCAGCAGAGCUCUGUGGAUGGGGGAAUUUGCCAUCGUGUCCUGUCAGCCUCUUCAGGGCUUACUGUGUGGGUUGAAAGCCUCUGCACAAGCUGUUUUUAACAGCUCGCUUCUGUAGACGCGCCACUGCCAAAGAACAUGAAAACAGUGCAUUUGAAUUCACGGGCAAGAUAGCCUGACUUCUGUAAUCUUUUAUUUUGGUGUUAACUAAAAUAUGCUCACAAAAAAUUGACAAAUAGCAGCUGUUCAAACUAUACUAUAUACUGUCUAACUUGUUUUAAACCUGUUACUUGUUACAUAUUCUAAUUUUAACACAUUGCUCCAGGCUUAUUAGGAUGGAAUGUAAGUAGAAAACACUGUACCUGAAUUUGAUACGGUAUAUCUAGCACUCAGUAGAAAAGCUCCAAGCAUUUCAAGGUACUAUUAAAGCAUACCAUAUGGGGAGAGAGGUUGAUCGUUUGGUAAUUCCAUUAAUUGGAAGUAUUUCUACGUGUUCUAACAACCAGCUGAUGGUUAAGUGCAUUUCCCAAAUUUGUUCAGAUAGCAUUUCAAAAUUAUUUAAAGAGCAUGAAAAGAUGUAUCACAGUUUUACUGCUACUGGGAAGGCUUCAUAGCUCUGGAGUCCUGAGUGUCAUUCCUUCUUCAUGGAGUUUGCAUGCGUUCCCUGUGUUCAAGGGGGUUUUAUCCAAGGGCUCCAGUUAUCCAACUAGCUUGUAUGCCUUUGGACUGAGGAAAAGAACCAGAGUUCCUUGUAGACACUCACACAUCCACAGGGAGAGCGCACAAGCUCCACGCAGAAGGCUCCUCAGGCCAGGAUGGAACCCAUGACAAGAAAUUCAAGUCAGCAUUUCAAACCACCAUGCUGCUGUGCCAACUGAGACCUGAAGUGACAUAUUCAAAAACGUUUUUGUUCAGUUUUUACCAUGUUAAAAUGUUAUGAUGUUACUCAUUACUCAAGUUCCAAAGCAAUAUAUAUUGAUUGGUUUAGUUAAAGUUGUACAUGAAUGUAGGCGGUACCAUAGCAUACAAGAAACAAAAUUUUACAUAUACAGUAUCCUUCUGUUUUUACUUACUCAGGAAAAGGUUUCAGUAAAACAAAUAUUGUUACUGAAAUAAAAUUUCAUUCACACUUCCACACUCUGAGACUCACUGCAGAGUGGCAUUUCAUAAUUGUUUAGAGAAAAAAAUAAAAUUGAACUGUGAUUUGAUUGAUUGUCUUGGUUUAGAUCUAUAAAAGUACAUAGCAAAAUAGGAGAACUCAGAUCUGUAUUGAAAUAUUUCUUUUGAUGGAGAGCUUUACAUUUUUGGAGCUUCAGAUAAGCAGUAUGAGAUCAUGUGAAAGGAUAGUUACAUUGUCUAAUUACAAAUAAGAUACACUAUGAGUCUGACAGGUACAGUAAGUGAUGCUUUUGGUGAGAAAAAUGAUGAUCUAGCUGCAGUGAAAGUAGUGCUGCCACCUUCUGUCUGUUUACAUUUCUGUUCCAUUUUCUGAGACGAUGCUUAACAUCUGUAUUUCUGACUUUUGAGAAUCUCUAGAGUGUUAUAGCUGUAAACAAAGGGCACUGCUGUUGCGCUGAGCUUGGCAUUUUCCAGCAUGAAUCUUAGUAGAAGUUUGACAUACAUUUCUCCUCCCACUUACAUUGCACUUAGUGGCUAUUCUCUCUCAAGUCCCUUGCCCAGUGAAACAUUCUAGCUGCGUUAUCCAAAUAAUUUCAGUCUGUUUUUUUCCUUAAAUGUUUAAUUCUUUGUAACAAAGUCCAAUGACUUCUGACAGCACAAAAGUCCAACAGAACUUCUAACUGUCAUUUGUAAGCAGUACUUACAGUACUUCACUUACAGUGAACAGCUGUAUUCUGCAACACGCAAAACUGAGUGAAAUAUUCAACUUGCCAUUCCAGCUGUUCAUUGUGGGCUAUCCUGCCACCUGCAGGAAGCUGAAAGGAACUUUCAGUACAGUAGUUAUUUUUAUUGGAGGUGUUGAAAUAUUUUAGGGGAGUUCUGAGUUACAAUUGUUACAGUCACCACAAUACUGUCGAAAAAGUUAUUUAAUGUGAGAUAUUCAUUUUUUCCUUCCUUCAUUCAAUUUUAUUUUUAAAAUGCAUUUACUCCACAUGUUUGAAAGUACUAUGUUACAAAUAAGAUGGCAUGCUUUGUUGAAAAAUCUUAAUGACCUGUUUACAAUGUUUGAAUCAGUGUGGUUAAUCCUGUAUUUGACUUGAAUGUACAGAAUGUACCCUUUUUGGCUCUUGUUAAUUCAUGUAUGUAGAGAACAAUAAACUGACUUUCCAAUUUCACUGCA